AAACGGCGGGAAAACCCACAAUCUUUAAGGAUUAUAUCUAAUUUUAACGAGAAAAAUGGCCGUGGGGGAAUAUCCGACUUGCACUUUACCUCAUCAAAUUCAAAAAGCCGUCGAGUGAUGGGGUCGUGGGAGGGGGAUCGUUAAAUUUAUUUUUUAGUUAUAUAUUUUUCCCCCCAGGAAGGGUGGGGGGGGUGAUUGCUGACAUUGUUUUCUGCCCACCCCCCAAAGCAAAUACCAAUUGGUCGCCUCUCUAUCGAUUUAUUUAUUUAUUUGUCUAUUUAAUGGUGGUGCUGAGCGGCCCUCAGCUCCUGGACUGGGCCAGUAGCCCCCCGCACCUGCAGUUCAAUAAGUACGUCCUGACCGGGUACCGACCCGCCUCCCCCCUGGGGGGGUGCCUCCGCAGCCUCUUCUACCUCCACAACGAGCUGGGCAACAUCUACACCCACGGUAUCCCGCUGCUAUUCUUCCUCUUCCUGCUGCCAUUGGCAAUCCCCUGGUCACAGAUCACUGUGCCUUGGCUGGCGGUGGCACACUACAUGGCGUGCGUGGCUCCCCAGCUGGGCAGCGUUCUAUACCACCUCUUCAUGAACCACGAGGGAGGUGCCGCGAUCUACCACACGCUGCUCACCCUCGACAUGUGCGGCAUCUGCAUCGUCAACACCCUGGGGGCCCUGCCGAUUAUAUACUGCACCUUACUGUGUUACCCGACCGUCCGCAGCGUGGCGUUGUUACUCUACAUCCUGCUGUCCUCCUACGUGAUAUACUGCGCCGUCAGCGCCCAGAGUAACGUCACGCGGCUCCGAUCGUUCGCCUGGCAGGCCUGCUAUCGCUUCCUCUUCUUCUACCUUCGGUACCUGGAGGUGGGGGCUGGCAGUCCCACCUCACUGCGGAACUACCUGGUGAUGGACGCUCUCGCCAUCCUGGGCGGUUUCAUCAACAUCGUGCGCGUGCCCGAGCGCUGGAUGCCCGGGAAGUUUGACUACUGCUGUAACAGCCACCAGAUAAUGCACGUGCUAGUGGUGGCCAGUAUCCUGUACCUGCACUGGGGGGUAGUCGAUGAUCUGGCCUCGAUCAGCCGCUCCCCCUGCCUGCCCCACUGACCCUUCCUGCUCCACCUCCUCCCCCUCUCCCUGUCCCUCUGUGCUCUCUCUCUCUCUAUCCCCAUGCCUCCUCUCUAUCUAUCCAUCUUUCUUAUCCCCUUUCCAUCGUUCCCCCUCUUCUCCAUUUCCCUGACCAGCGUCAGGGGGGUUUUCUCCUGCUCGGGGAACGGGGUUGUACCUCCCUCGCUGAUUCCACUCCUCCCGGAGUCCAUCCCGACGCCAGGCACACGUGCAAUAUUUUGUAAAAAGGGCUGUCGUAUUCUUUUUAUUUUGUAUUUGAACAAACGAAACGAGGUGGGAUCCCGGUAAAACGACGGGUCGCAGCAGCAGAGCCAGGAGGCCACCUCCGUGCUGGGGACACACACACACACCAUUUCCCAAUUUUUGUACAAAGCCGUCGCUCCUCUGGCAGACGAAGGCGAGAGGGACAGUUCAGCGCAGAGUGUGCGCAGCAGGUUGUUUGCAGGACUUCAAACUCCAGCUCGUUCGACACACGCCACGUCCACUGAAUCCUCCACCCUCACGCUCCCUCCCUCCCUCUAUCCCCCUUUCCCUCACCCACGCCAACCCUUGCUCUCUCCCUCCUUCCCAGUGCCCAUUGCGUGGCUCCCAAAACAGCGAAAGAACACACUGGAACACCGAAACAGUGUUAUUCAACAAACAGAUAUGUUUACAAACCCGGGAGAAUAAAUUUAAUAGGAAAGGGCGCCUUUGGAUCCCUCCUC